GGUCUAACUGCUGUAGCUUUGUAUGAUUAUGAAGCCACUGAAGAAGAUGAAUUAACAUUUGAUCCUGAAGACAUUAUAACAGAUAUAGAAAUGGUUGAUGAAGGAUGGUGGCGUGGAAAUUGUCGAGGUAAAAAUGGAUUAUUCCCAGCUAAUUAUGUUGAAUUACAAAGUUAA